AUGCUGCCAAAUAACCUAACAAAGCUCGAAUCGGAGAAUUCCAGAUAUUACAUGAGACAAUUUUAGUAAUUAGCUUCCAAAUCUCAUCUCUUCCCCUCUCUCUCUCCUCAAGAACCCUAAUACGUAGUCUCCGCGUAAAAGAUCCGGAAUUUCGAUUUCCCAUUCCCGUUUUCCGACGAUCUGAGCCUCUCGGUUUGAUUUUCUUCCCUUAAAGCUUCUGUCCGAUAUGGUUUAGAAUUUGUGAUCUAAAUGGAAGCUGACGUGUCAAUUGUCUGAAAACCCUUAUCGCGAAAUUUCCCCAGAAACCAAAAAAAAAGAAAAAAAUUGAAACUUUUUUCGUUUGUUCGAUUUGUGAAGAAGGAGGUAGGGACGAUGAUGAAUCGUGCUCUGGUCCUACUAUUACACGUUUUUACUCUUUCCUUUUUAGCGUCAGGCAAAGUGAUUUUGAUCAGGGACAACAUCACUCGCUCUUUUGAUGACAUCGAAGCUAAUUUCGCUCCGUCUGUCAAGGCUGCUGGUGAAAUUGGAUUGGUUUAUGUAGCUGAGCCUCUAGACGCUUGCCAAAAUCUGAUGAAUAAACCCAAACAGAGCUCAAAUGAAACUUCCCCUUUUGUGUUGAUCGUAAGAGGAGGUUGCAGUUUUGAAGACAAAGUCAGAAAAGCUCAGAAAGCUGGUUUCAAAGCUGCCAUUAUCCAUGACAACGAAGACCGUGGAAUCUUGAUAGCAAUGGCAGGUAACUCAGGCGGGAUAAAGAUUCAUGCGGUUUUUGUUACCAAAGAGACUGGAGAAGCUUUAAAAGAGUAUGCGGGUUUGCCCGAUACGAAAGUUUGGUUGACUCCGAGUUUCGAGAACUCGGCGUGGUCGAUCAUGGCGGUUUCAUUCAUCUCGCUGCUUGCAAUGUCAGCUGUUCUGGCCACUUGUUUCUUUGUACGCAGGCAUCGGAUAAGAAGGCGAACAUCUCGGUCCUCUAGAGUCCGUGAGUUCCACGGUAUGAGUCGCCGCUUGGUUAAAGCAAUGCCGAGUCUUAUAUUCUCUUCUGUACACGAAGACAACACCACUGCUUUCACUUGCGCUAUCUGCCUCGAAGACUACACUAUCGGAGACAAGCUCAGGCUCCUGCCUUGCCGUCACAAGUUUCAUACUGUGUGUGUUGACUCGUGGUUGACCUCAUGGAGAACAUUCUGUCCCGUGUGCAAACGAGAUGCGAGAACGAGCAAUGGCGAGCCACCGGCUUCAGAGAGCACGCCAUUACUCUCCUCAGCUUCAUCUUCUUUUAAUUCUUCCUCUGCUUUAUCUUCCUUCAGAUCAUCUGCAAUGUUGAUCGGUCCUUCAAUGGGUUCAUUACCAACUUCAAUCUCUUUCUCUCCUGCUCACGCGAGCUCAUCUUACAUCAGACAGUCGUUCCGGUCGUCUUCACUCCGGCGAUCUCCUCCAAUAAGCUUGAGUCGAAGCUCAGUGGAUCUCAGACAACAAGCAGCUUCUCCAUCACCGUCACAGAGAUCAUACAUUUCUCAUAUGGCUUCUCCACAGUCACUUGGUUACCCUACUAUCUCGCCUCUUAACGCUAGGUACAUGUCACCGUACAGGCCUAGCCCGAGCAAUGCGUCACCUGCAUUAGCCGGAUCAUCGAAUUAUACGUUUAAUCCUCUGCGUUACAGUGAAUCAGCAGGAACUUUCUCUCCAUACGCAUCUGCAAACUCGCUGCCAGACUGUUGAAGAAGUUCAUAGAACCUAACCGGUAUGGUUCAGGACAUAUAUGAGAUUUUUAUUUAUUUCGGAUUUGAGUUUUUUACUACGAGACUCACUUGUGUGUGUGUGUGUGUGUUAAUGCUUCAUAGUCUUUUGGUUGA